CGUGACAUCGUGAUUAUCUCCCUUGCUUUAAAAAAGUAAACAACGUGCAGAAAUAAAUAUGGUCAGAAAACUCAAAUUUCACGAGAAAAAGCUUUUAAAGAAAGUUGAUUUUAUAUCAUGGAAUGUCGACAACAAUCUACACGAGUUGAAAAUCAUGAAAAAAUACGGCGUCCAACGCAGAGAAGAUUACACGAAAUACAAUAAGCUAUCAAGACAAGUGAGAGAGUUGGCUCGUAGAAUAAAGGAGCUGGAUGUAAAAGAUCCCUUUAGAUUAGAGGCAACAAACCAAUUUCUGGAGAAGUUACAUAGUAUGGGCUUGAUACCUACUAAGAGAAGUUUAGCACUAGCUGAUGAUGUCAAUGCAUCUUCGUUCUGCAGACGAAGGUUACCAGUAGUUAUGGUUAGAAACCGAAUGUCAGAAAGAGUGAAGCCUGCAACAACGUUCAUAGAACAAGGACAUGUUCGUGUGGGACCAGAAGUUGUAACUGAUCCAGCGUUUCUAGUUACAAGACAAAUGGAAGACUUUGUGACAUGGACAGAUACAUCCAAGAUCAGGAAACAUGUUCUAGAUUAUAAUGAGAUGAGAGAUGAUUUUGAUCUGCUAGAUUGAAUGAUGAAGUGAAAAUGAUUGUACAUGACAUCUGUGAUAUACCGGUAUUAUCAGAAUACAGUGCACCGACUCCAAGAAAAUAGUGCAAGUGAAAACCGCAAGUUCAGGAUUCUGUAGGAAAAUGACAUCCUCAAGUCAAAGGUCAAUAAUUAACAUCCUUGGCAAAGGUUAAUAAGCAGA